AUGCACGGCAAGCCGUUCUUCGUCAUCGAUGAGGCGAGUACACGGCAGCGUCAUCAGAUGAAGCAGCUAUUUCCCCCUUUGGCAAUGGCGAUAUCGGCCAUGACUAUUAGAUAUACUCAUACAGCCGGGCAAUCGGACCAAUCCCUGCGUAUCGGUCUAGAUGCUGCUCUGCAAGCGCGACGCAUAAUUGAUGUCGACAAUCCUACUGUCGAGGGACUCCAAACUCUGCUCUUGCUCUCACAGGCCUUUUUCGCCUACGGAAUGGGGAAGAAGGCAUACAUGACAUUUUCAAAUUGCGCCGCGAUGGUGGUUGCACUAGACCUUCUCCGCGAAGUCCCCUCCAAAUCCAACAUGCCCCCAUCCGAGCGAGAAAUGCGCCGUCGACUAUUUUGGUCAGUCUACCUCAUGGACCGCUUCAUAACCUGUGGUUCCCGCCGCCCCUGCCUCAUAUCCGAUCACUCCAUCCUCCUGCGUCUCCCGUCUUGGUCACCCCACGCCGCGGGCCUGAACAUGGAAGGCGAGCUCUUCCACGUCGGACCCAACAUCCAAUACUCUGCCGACUCCCGCCGCAAAUCCCCCAGUGCCGCAUCUCUCCUGAUCGAUAUUACUCGUAUUCUUGGCGUGACGAACCGCUACUUGGCCGCGGGUGGCGUCAAGGGCGACUCGCAUUUCCCUUGGCACGCCCUCUCGAACCUUUCCAAAAUCCGACAGGAAUUGGAUAUCUGGGCAGCAGGCACCCAGGAUGUCUUUGCGUCUAUUGAGGCUUUAUUCGGACAUCCAGAAAGCACGACCUUGCUGUUGAGCAAGCUGAUUUAUCAUCUCGUGCACUGCCUCAUUUACCGUCCCUUCCUACCGAUUGACCUUGUCGAGCUCAGAGGAACGGGUCAGCAUCAAUCAUGGCAGAUUGAAGCGACGAAUCUGUGCUUCUCGCAUUCGAAUGCUAUUGCGGAGCUUGUUGAACUGGGACGGAACUCACCGCUGGUCGAGUGGCCUGCAUUUGUGGGAUAUUGUGUCUGCACGGCGGGUACUGUGCAUGUUCAUGGUGUUCACUACAAAGGGCGUGAGGGAGAGGUUUUUUCGUCAAGUGGAGAAUUUCUUACCCGUGAGAUGCAUCAGUUGGCCUGGCUGCGCAAUUUCUGGGCUGGAGUUCAACACCAGCGGGACUUGCUGCAGACUAUUUAUACGUGUCAUUCGGAGUUAGUUCGAAACCUCUCUACCAGCCCGAUGCGCUUCUCGCCGGUCUUUCAUCUAGAGGACUUCCUGGAUCGCUACCCAGGUCUUGCGAUGGAUGGUGCGCACGUUCGACUGGUGGAUACAGGUGACGAACUUAUUUCAAGCCCAACAACCUUCAUCGGACAAGACUACUACAACCGAAUGCCACCACCAACGUACCAACCCCAAUUUUACCGCCCUCCGACACUCCACUCCCAACCCCAAACACAAACCCCCGACUCGGAACGCAGAAACUCCCACAAAGAGAUUUCCCCUAUAACAUUCAACCAAUCCCCCUCCCUCUCAAACCUCUUUCCCAUCCAACCAGAAAUUCAAGAUCAAUCCAAAAACACCCACCUCACCAUCCCAAAUACAUUCUCCCCCUCAAACUUCGCCCUCUCCCCCCACAUUUCCUCACAGACCCAUCCUUUAACAUCGCGCCCACCCCCCCCCCUCAAACCCUCAAUACGCAACCUUUCCCUUCGACGCUUCUGCCGGCGCGGCUCUCACACCCGGCGCGCAGAGCCAGACGAGUGGCUCGCAUACGGCGGGGAGUGA